UUGAAAAUAGCAUAAAGUUGAAUUAAAAAAAAAAAAAACUAAAAUUCAUCCAUUGAUGAAAACAAGACAAAGAAUCAGAUCGGUCUUCCCCACUUGGCGUGUUUGAUCACUCUUCAUUGACGUCGAUAUUCCAUUCUCCAAAUCCACUUGAAAACUGAGCCAAGUCGUGAACCGACCAUUAAAAUCGAAAAGCUUAAUUUUGACAGUUCAAACCCGACGGCGCUGACUGACUGACUGACUGACCUGCCAUGCAUUUACUGCUCUCACAAUCUUCUUCCUUCCCUGCUUUUAAUUUCACCCAAUUGUUUUCUUGCCCAUUUGGGAGGAAAUUUCAUGCGAACAUGUAAUGAAGAAGAUGAUUCAAGCUAAAUCUCUGCUACUUCUGGUAGUCUUGAUCGUUACAGUCUCAUCCGAGCUCGUUGAGCAAGACAAAGAGGCACUCCAGUCAAUCCGAGGCUUCCUGUUUCACCACAAUCCGCAAUCCACAAAUUUAAAGCAGUGGUUAAAAAAUACAGCCAAUCCCUGCGUCUGGCUUGGGAUCAAAUGCAGUUCUGGAAAGGAAGAAACGCGCGUAAAAGGGCUAAAUUUGAGUUAUUUUAACCUUUCCGGAAUCCUUCCUCCAGCGCUGACAAAUCUCACUGCACUGUCUUCUUUAAAUCUCUGCAACAACAACUUCAGCGGCACCAUUCCCGAGGAAUUGAGCAGGCCGUUAUCUUCUUCGCUUCGUUAUCUGGACUUGUCAUUGAACAAUCUCACCGGUGAAAUUUCACCGAAUUUGUUUUCAAUUUGUCCGCAGCUGACAUUUCUUAACCUUUCCAGCAACAGAAUCGUAGGGCAGCUGCCCGCGGAGUUGAAGAACUGCCGGAAUUUGGAAAAGGUCGCCCUACGUCGCAACAAUUUCACCGGCUCCAUUCCCGACGAUCUCCUCCGUAACUGUGCGAAGCUCACUCAUGUCGAUCUGGAGUACAAUAAGCUGACCGGAAACAUUCCUGACAUCCACGUCAACUGCAGCUUCCUGACGGAGCUCUGGCUUUCGCAAAACCACCUGACAGGUCAGGUACCGAAGGGGCUCGGCGCGCUUUCAAAGCUGAAGACGCUGGUUCUGGGGAAGAACCGUUUGACGGGAACCAUCCCGCCGGAAUUGAGCAGACUGACAAAGCUUCAGCUCCUUUCAAUCGACUACAAUUGGCUUGAAGGUCCAAUUCCUCCGUCGUUGGGACAAAUGGUAAGCUUACAGACCCUUCUCCUGCAUACGAAUAAGCUCAGUGGCAAAAUUCCCAAGGAAUUGUCUUCUCUUGCAAAUCUUUCGCUUCUGAACCUGAAUAACAAUAAUUUCAGCGGGGCAAUUCCCUCUGAGUUGAGCAUAAUCCGGUCUCUGCGUCUCUUAUUCAUCGGCACAAAUUAUCUCUCUGGAACCAUACCGCCGGAGAUUGGAAACCUCACCGAACUGCAGGGAUUGGAUCUGUCGGAAAACCGCCUGUCCGGCCCGAUCCCUGCCACAAUCAGCAAAUUGCAGUCUCUUCUCUGGUUCUCUGUCUCGGAAAACAAUUUAGAGGGACAACUUCCGCCGGAGAUCGUCAACUGUAGCAGUCUCGUCUGGCUCAAUGUCGCCAACAAUCAACUUUCCGGGCCAAUUCCACCCAAUAUUGGGCGCAUCGGAGCAGACGCUAAUAAAACUUUCAGCCAGAAUAAGCAAAACCCUUUUGUGCCUGAAAUUGUGGGAGGAUGCUGGGCCAUGUCGAGAUGGUUUCCCCAAAAUUACCCUUUCAUUUACAAGACCUUCAAGAGAUCUCGCUGCAACCAGUUCUGGACCCAUAUCUUACAAGGAACCAUGCCCUAUCCCAUCUGCAUCAAUAACCCUAAAAAUUAUCAAGCCCCCGCUUAUAUCCAGCUAUCGGGAAACCGCUUCACGGGCACGAUACCAGAAUCCCUUGCAAAUCACAGCAGGCUCGGAGCACUCAUUUUGGCGGAUAAUCACCUUUACGGCCAAAUUCCAGAGGCAAUUGCAGCGCUUUCCGAUCUAUACUAUCUCAAUCUCUCUUACAACCAUCUGAGCGGCAGCAUUCCAGAGAAGCUUGGUCAGCUCGCAUGCCUGGACAUGCUGGAUUUGAGAAACAAUAGUCUGGAAGGCAUAAUCCCCGGAACGCUUGCGAAUCUCACAUCCCUAGCGAGCUUCAACGUUUCCUACAAUCCAAAUCUUCGAGGACAAGUUCCCAGUGGAGGCCAGUUCAUUACCUUCAUUCCCGAUUCCUACAUGGGCGACUCACUCCUGUUGGGGAUUCUGCAGAAGAACAAUCAUAACAACACUUUUUCUUCUUCAAAUCCAGCCAAGAUCUCCCGCUCUAAUAAGUUGAAGAACUGGGUAAUCGGAGGCAUAUGCAUAGUAGCAGCUGGUAUUCUCAUAAUCAUUGCCCUGAGCAGCCUUUGCCUGUGCCGAAGGAGAAAAAAUCCCACCUCAAUCCUCUCCAAAAGCAUUGACAUCAAUUCCCUAGAGCACGCCUAUUUCUCUGUUCCAUUGGCGCCUGAAGCCCUAACCUACAACAACAUCAUGAAAGCCACAGACAAUUUCAGCGAGUCCCGGUGCAUAGGCCGAGGCGGGCAGGGCGUAGUCUACAGAGCUGAGCUGGCAGAAGGAUUCCACGUGGCAGUGAAAAGGCUCUGCCACGAGGACGCGGAAGCAGACGUGGACUUCCUGGCAGAGCUGCAAACCCUCGGAGGGCUGAACCAUCCGAACCUGGUACCCCUUUUAGGGUGUUGCCUACGUGGCAAUCAGAGGAUAUUCAUAUACAAGCUGAUAGAAAACGGGAGCCUGGAGGAAUGGCUGCAUGAUCCGACUGGACUUCUGGAGUGGCCAUUCAGAAUAAAAAUUGCAGUGGGUUGCUCAUUAGCGCUAAAAUUUCUGCACCAUGAAUGCCCCUCCGUUAUCAUUCACAGAGACAUAAAGGCCAGCAACGUUCUGUUAGACGGCGGUUUCAACGCCUUCGUUACGGACUUUGGUCUAGCCCGGAACCAGAGCAAAGACAUGAGCCACGUCAGCACUGUCGUGGCAGGCACGUUGGGAUACGUGCCACCUGAGUACAGCUAUUCCUUAAAGGCCACCACCAAGGGUGACGUGUACAGCUUCGGAGUGGUGCUGAUGCAGCUGGCAACUGGCAUGCGCGCCAUCGGGGUGGAUGACGAGCUGGAGGGUGGGCUUGUUGCGUGGGUUAAUUCUACUCUGGAUCGCCGUACCCAAAAUAUCUUCGAUCCACGUAUGUUGGAAAGUGACACGUGGGAUGAGGAGUCAGGGUUGCAAUUGCUGAGGCUGGCAUGCCUGUGCACCACUGAAUCGCCGCAGCGCCGACCUAAUAUGAUCGAAGUGGCUUCCGUAUUGCAGGAUAUUAGUGACUGCUUGUAUUCUUCGCCCACUAGUUGAACUCCAAGCGGAGCUAUCCUUUAUGCAAUAGGAUAAGGUGAAGGCCAAAUAAUCCCCCACCCUCAGCUCAUGAGACCAGAGGCAUUUUGUCAAACUCUUUCAAUGCCUUGCCUUUUCUGCCACAUUUUGCAGAGAAAAUUUAUGUCUUUUAUGUUUUGAUGGGUUUUCAUACCCAUUCUAAAGCUCCCAUUUAGGUAGCAGUAGGGAGGAUGCUGAUAAAGAUUGUGGAACUUGGCUUCAUAGUUGA